UAUGCGUAUAUAGGUAACGGGUUGGUGGAAAGAGGCGCACUUGUGUAGUUUGAAGAGGUGCUUUGCAGAGAGGAACCAUUACAAAAAAAUAUGUUGCGUGUGGUGGUAUUGGCAGUGGCUCUGUCCGCGGUCUACGGUCUGGAAGCCGCAGGUAGUGCGAACACACAAGGACAGCUACUGGCAGCUGCUGGUUUUAAUGCCGCCCAAGUAAACACCGUACAAACUUGCAAAGCAGACAUUUGCUUUGCGUUGGACAGCUCAGGCAGCCUGGGAAACAACGGCUGGAAUACAGUGAUAGCUUUUGCCAAAAAUGUCGUCCAGUAUCUGCCGGUGUCGCAACAACAGGUCAAAAUAUCGACCGUCUCUUUCAACGAAGUGGUCACCGACCAGUUCAAUUUCAACUACCAACCCCAGUCUGUCACCGGCAUAAUGAACAAGCUGUCCACCCUGCCGUAUUCUGCCGGAAACACAAAUAUCGGGGACGCCAUGAGGAGAUGCAGGGACUACUUGACGCAGGCGCAGUACGGUGCACGUUUUGAAGCAGGUGUCAGCAAAAUCGCCGUGGUGUUCACAGACGGCAAGGCCAACAGAGGUGACCCAGUUAGCCAGGUCUCCCAGGAGUUGAUGAACUCUGGCCUCAGUUUCAUCGCUGUUGGCGCGGGCAGCACGGACGACCAGGAGUUGUUGGCCAUUGCUCUUGGUCAGCCCUCCAAUGUCCUCAAGGUCAGCGACCUGAACGCCCUCAACUCUAUUGUCACCAAGAUUGUACAGAAGGCUUGCAUUGGAAAAUGUGUCUUUAAACUCAAUAGUGACAGACCUGUGGACCUUAUACAGCAUGUUUUUAACCUCUGA